AUGGCUGGAAUAUUAUUUGAUGAUAUAUUUACCAUUAAAAAUGUAAAUCCUGAUGGAAAAAAAUUUGAACGUGUUGAUAGAUUAUUUUGUGAUGGUGAAUCAUUUAAAAUGGAUUUAAUAUUAGAUGUUAAUACUCAAUUAUAUCCUUUAUCACUUGGAGAUCAGUUUAGAUUUGUCUUAUGUACGACAUUGAGGGAAGAUGGUCUGUUAGAUGAAAAUGAAUAUGAUCCACUUCAACAUUAUCCCCGAACAGAUCCAUUUGACUAUGUUAUGUUUGGAAAAAUUUAUAGAAUCAACAACGAUGAAGAUAAAGAAUCUACAACUCUUAGUGUUUAUGCAUCAUUUGGUGGACUUUUAAUGAGACUUACAGGUGAAGCAAGUUAUCUACAGGGAUUUGUUUCAGAUAGUAAUAUUUAUAUGAUGAUGAAAAGAGGAAAACAUUAA